AAGCUGGUGGUGGGGCGAGACUUUACUUCACCAACCAUUCUUUUGAGUCUUUCCCUGUAGCUUUCAAGAUCUAUGCUCUCUGCUUUAAUCAUAUUUCCCAGUUGUUCAUCUGCACUUCAUUUUCCCUUUUGUUUUUCAAAACCUGUUAUUCAGUAAAUUCUAACUCCAAGCCAACAAGCAACAACAAUGGCUGAAGCGUUGGUUUCCGUAGUGCUACAACAGCUGGCUUCCAUCACCCUGGAGCAGAUAGAAGAAGAGGUGAACCUUGUCUUCGGUGUCGACCAAGAAGUCCAAAAUCUCAUCCUCCAUCUCCAGGCAGUUCAAGGUCUGCUCCAGGAUGCAGAGGAGAGGCAAGUGAAGGAGGCCAACGUCAAGAAUUGGCUGUACAAUCUGAAAGACGUGUCGUACCAGAUAAACGACGUGUUGGAUGAGUGGAACACCGCCAUUCUCAAGCAUCACAUGGAGAAGCAAGAAAAAGAAGGUGAGAAUAAUGAUCUUGUCCUUGCUAAGAGGAAUAAGGUACGGUUCUCCAUUCCCUCCUUCCUCGGCAAUAUUCUUAUCUACUUUGGUCAAAUUGGCGAUAGGAUAAUUAUGCGUCAUGACAUUGCUAAGAGGAUAAAAGAAAUCAAUGAAAGGCUAACUUGGAUAGCCAUUUUAAGAAACAAUUAUAACUUUCAAAGCACCGUAAGAGGCACCGAACAAGUUGAACGAUCCAAAACCACUUCCUUUGUCGACGUGUCUACAAUAAUUGGUCGUGAAGAGGAAAAAAAAGAAAUAAUUAGGACGUUGAAAAGUGAGAGUGGUGAUCAAUUGGUGAUCCCGAUUGUAGGGAUGGGAGGGUUGGGCAAGACUGCUUUUGCCCAAUCUGUGUACAGUGACCAAAAUGUAACAACUCAUUUUGAAAAGAGAAUAUGGGUUUGUGUUUCAGACCCUUUUGAAGAGAUUAAGAUUGCCAAAGCCAUCAUUGAAGUUCUGAACGAAGGCAAUCCACCAAUUAACUCAAAUGAGUCUGAGUUUGAAACUUUGUUGAAAAAUAUAUCUAAAAAUAUUGGUGGUAAAAAGUUUCUCCUCGUCUUAGAUGAUGUGUGGAAUCCCACUGAAUCGAACUGGAAACCAUUAAAGCAAGCUUUGAAAAAUGGUGAUAAAAACAGUAGAAUAUUAGUGACCACACGGAAAAACAAUGUUGCUAAUAUGAUGGGAGAAACCAAUGAUCACAUGAUCAAUUUGAAUAAGUUGAGCGACCAAGAUUGUUUGGAAUUAUUCCGUAGAAUUGCAUUCUUUGACAAAGAAAAAGAUGAGUCUAAGUUGUUUGAUGAAGAUAUUAAGAACAAGAUUGCGAAAAAGGUUGAUGGCUUGCCUCUAGCUGCAAAGACUUUAGCUAGUCUCAUGCGAUAUAAGAAGACAAAAAACGAAUGGGUAGCUGUUUUGGAGAGUAAGAUGUGGGAAUUAGAAGAGGUUGAACAACAGGUUUUUCAAUCACUAUUACUUAGCUAUUAUGAUUUGACUCCAGAUGUCAGACGGUGUCUUUUAUUUUGUGCUGUUUUCCCAAAAGAUUAUGAGUUUGAUAGAAAUGAGUUGAUUGAGUGUUGGAUGUCACAAGAAUAUCUUAGUAUGAAAGGAAAUAGAGAAAAAGAAAGAAUGAUAGGCCAACAGUACUUUGAUAACUUAGUGAUGCGUUCUUUUUUCCAAGAUUUUGUUAAAGACAGAGUGGAUGAUGAUAUUAUAGGCUGCAAAAUGCAUGAUAUUGUGCAUGACUUUGUACAGUUUCUCACCAAAAAUGAAUGUUUUAUUAUGGAGGUGGCGGAAAGUUGCAAAGAGAAAAAUAUAUUAGUCGAUAAUAAGGUUCGUCAUUUGAACAUAAUGUCGACAUGCGAUGAUUCAUUUCCUGUUUCAAUCUACAAUUGCAAAGGAUUACGGACUCUAGUAAUUUCUAGUUGGGAACUUCCUCCGAUACCCUCGGACUCAUUUUCAAAAUUGAAAAGCCUUAGAACGUUAAAGUUAGGUAAAAACUCAAUCAAAGAAGUUCCCGAAAGUAUUGGUGGACUAAUACAUUUGCGGUAUCUCGAUUUAAGUAGGAAUAAGGAAUUGUACAAAUUACCCGAUUUUGUGGGUAACUUAUUCAAUCUGGAAACAUUGCGUCUCAAAUGGUGCAGGGGACUCAGAGAACUACCGGUGAGCAUAAGAAAGUUGGUUAACUUAAAGCAUCUUUAUAUUUUGGGGUGCUAUGAUCUAAAAGUACCAAAAGAGAUUGGAAGAUUAAGAAAUUUGCAAAUCUUAGAUUGCUUUUAUCUUAAAGACGGUGACGAGGAUGAUGAAGGAAUUUUCAAGUUAGGGGAUUUGGGAAACUUGGAGCAGCUUCAAGGGAGCCUUUAUAUACACAAUUUGAAGUCAGCGAAAGAUGGGAGUGAGGCUAAAAAUGCAGAAUUGGUGAACAAGAAGAACCUCCUUGAUUUGGCUCUACAUUUUGGGCAUUCAGCUGAGGCGAAUUUAAAGAAUGAAGAAAUACUGAAUGGCUUUCAAGUGCAUACAAAUCUGGAGUCGUUGGCUAUCCGUAAUUACAACAGUACCAACCUGUGUCCCAGUUGGAUGAUGAGCUGUCAUAAUCUGAGAAGGCUUGAAUUCUAUGAGGUUCCAUUUUGUGGGGUUUUGGCUCCUCUGGGGAAACUCCCGUCCCUUGAAUAUUUAGAGAUAAAUGGGAUGGUGAGUGUGAAAAAGGUGGGAGUUGAAUUUUUGGGAAUAACAGGCGAAACACCUCAAACAUUAAUAAAGUCGUUUCCGAAAUUGAAAACACUCAAAUUUGAAACUAUCGAGCAGUGGGAAGAAUGGGAAGGAGUAGAAGAAGAGGAUUCUAAAAUUACAAUAAUGCCAUCUCUUUUAUACUUAGAAAUCAGGUUCUGCGAUAAGCUGAAAGCACUGCCGAACUUCCUAUGGAAGACCCCACUGCGGGAAUUGAGCUUCUCAUAUUGUUCGAUUCUUGCACAUGGGUUCGAGACGAGAUGUGGAAUGGAGUGGGCCAAGGCUUCUCAAGUCCAAAACAUCAAAAUUAAUGGCAAGUUUGUGAAAAAAGAUUGAUGAUGGGGUCUGCCUAUCUGAUGAUUCUUUCUGAUCCACCUCUUGGGCUAAAAUGGUAUAAACACAUUCCUUAAUGAGUUUUGAUCAUUCUUUGAUCCUUUGGAAUAAGGAGAAUCAACACAGCAGGUCUUUACCAAGUCGUUUCUCCAGAUGCACCUAUCUAGUAUGUUUCUGUUCGCAGGUUCUCUACUUAGGACAAUAACCUGGUGCAAAUCAUGGAUGCAUGGAUUCUCCUCAGUCCUCACAAGGGUCACCUUUACUUUCUGUGUCUGUGGAUCUUUCUGGUCCGUCAAACUUGACACAUCUGAGCUUUAGAAGAAACGAUGCAGUUCUUCGCGUGGAGUUAGUAGCUUCGGUUGCUGUAAUUAACUUGAUCAAGAUGGAAUUGGACAGAGUCAGAGUGUCAUGAGACCCAUAGAAGACUUGUUCAUCUCCAAGUGUCUAAAACGACUACCAUGUUUGUGGAGACUCUAUUAAGUGGAAAUUACUUCAGUUUCUUAAUGCACAUGCAAAACAUUUCUGCAAGAGCAGCAGAUUUGCGAAUUGUGCUAAGAUCGUUGCAUCUCAAUUAAGAGGCACAGUGGAUAGGAUUUUGAUUGAAUCAACAGAUGCUGUGAUAAAGAACACUAUCACCACAACCUGCAGUAGCUAUUAGAGCCCUCAACGUGGUCCACCCUUGCCAUGAGCUAUAUGCUUUGAAGGUUGGAAUCCCCUUUGCUUUGGAUGCUUCUUGUGUGCCUCUUGUGGUGAAAUUUGACUCUUUGACAGCAGUUCAAAUGAUUAACACUGAUGAGGAGUGCUUGCAUCAAAAGGGGUUUUGGUGGAUGAGAUUCAUCGCCUAAUUGAGUUAUGAUGAGACCCCAAAACUACUGUUCAAUAUGUUCCUAGUAAAGCUAAUGGAGCUGCUCACCGGAUUGCUCAGUUUUGUCUUCGUGAAUCAGCCUAUCAUUUUGGAUGGAUGAGUGCCAUCCUUGACUACUCAUGGAUUGCAUUCAAGAUGAUUGUCCUUCUCUGCAUUCCUUUCCUUGAUUCUAUUGUAAUUUCUUGGCAUGUGUGGUACUCUUUCCUAUCCCGAAGUU